AUGUUUGGCAAGUACAGCAAGGUAGUGUACGGUACAGCAGCAGCAGCAGGAACACUAGGACUAGUCUACUUGGUGGGCAGAGACACCAGUCCCCCAGUCAAACCCUUCCCUGACAUCAAAUCUAAACACUCUCUCGUAGCUAAACAUGUGACUCUGGACAAAUGGAACAAGCUCAGUAACAUCAAGACAGAAACCUCAGGGUUCACUCUUGAUCAGGCCAUCGCGUGCGCGGUUCAGUUUGAUAACCAGCAUUGCGGGAUCUACGCGGGAGAUGCUGACUCCUACAAGGACUUUGCUCUGGUGUUCGACCCCCUGAUCCAGGAAUACCACGGUAUCGGACCUGAUGCUACUCAUACCUCCGACAUGGACGUGUCAAAGAUCAGAGGCACCAUCAACCCAGCCGCUCCAGUUCACUCCACUAGAAUCAGGGUAGGACGCUCUUUCAACGGGUUUGGUCUGUCUCCCGGGAUCACCAGAGAACAGAGGUUGGAGCUAGAGGGACUGCUGAAGAACGCACUGGAGGCACUUGACGGAGAACUGAGUGGUAACUACUUCCCUUUGCUAGGUAUGGACGAGGCAGUGAGACAGCAGCUGGUGGAUGACCACUUCCUGUUUGUUUCAGGAGAUAGGAACCUGAUAGCAGCGGGGAUGGAGAGGGACUGGCCGGAGGGUCGGGGUAUCUAUCAUAACAAGGACAAGACUUUCCUGGUGUGGGUAAACGAGGAGGACCAGACAAGAAUCAUCUCAAUGCAGAAGGGAGGCGAUGUUAAAGAGGUAUUCUCCAGACUUGCUAGCGGAAUCGAAGCUGUCGGCAAGUCUGUAAAAGAUGCAUCGGGCAAGGAAUUUCUGAUCGACCCCAAAUAUGGCUACAUGCAUUCUUGUCCCACAAAUCUUGGUACAGGCAUGCGCGCAUCUGUGCACGUGGACUUACCAGGCUGGACGAAAGAGGGCCCAGGUAAGUUGGAGGCACGGUGUGAGCAGCUGAACCUGCAACCCAGAGGUACCCGCGGAGAGAGCGGUGGACAAACGGGGAUUACCUACGAUAUCUCCAACAAGCACAGGCUAGGAUACAGCGAGGUUGAACUUGUACAAUGUAUGAUAGAUGGAGUUAACAGACUCUUCUUGGAGGACUUGGUGUUGCAGAAGAAACACAAUAUGUUCUAGAAUGUUACUUGUUAGAUUGUUAUAUACAGUUACAAACUUGCUCAUACUUCCCAGACACCUCACCUAAUUGUGACUGAUUGCAUAUUUCUUCACGCCACAGUUUACGUAAUUAGAAGUUGUUCAGGAACGUUGAUAUAAUUGAAGUGAAAUGUGAAUUUGAUUUGUUAAAUUGUUAAAUGUAACUAUGUACUUCUUUAUCGUUUCAUCAUAAUAUUAUGAACUUGAAACAAAAUUUUCAAAAAACCUA